GGCCCAGAGGCAAAGCGAAUGCGAGAGGACUCACCCGAGGACGAUGCACCGCUGCCAGUCAACGCCCUCUUCCUGCCACCUCCCGAGGCGCGCACAGCCCUCGCACCGGAACACAUUCAGGACGCGUUCUCUCGCAUGCAAACUGACUGGUCGCAUCGGAGGUUCGCCGGGAUGAAGAAUUUCCGUGGCGGGCUUGUGCGCACCCGUGUCUCUCUCAUCUGAUUACCCAUGUCUUCGUCAUUCGAUAGUCUCCUCACUCGCCCGCCUCCCCAUCUGACGGCCUUCUCGCACAACAUUUACCCGAUUUUUCUGCACACAGGGCAAUGUCUCGUUCCUUGCAUUAUCAGCUAUCAUGUUAUCUUGCCACAAUUGUAUUUCAGGGCUCGCUUUGCUCAUUAUCCACGUCCUUGGCCUCCCGACGACCACGGAAUGUCUCUCAACUGUCGUUGCCUGGGCCAUGUCUCUCCUCGUCGGCCUUUCCUUGUUUGUCCAAUGUCUUAUACUCCCAUCGAGCCCUUCGAUACCGGAGCCUGCUCGGGUUGCGUCCGUGGCACCCAGUGGGUUGCUUCCGAGGUCCUUGAAACGCCGGGAGCGAUUUGCGUUGGGCAUUCCGAGACGACGAGAAUCAAGACGAAAAUGGCAUUCAAGAUGGGGAAAAUGUUAUGGAGGCGCGGGGGCAAAAUAAGGGCAGACUCAGAGGGUGAAGGUGGAUCUUGGUGGCCCUAUUGUUUUCGUCAGCAACAGAAUGGAGUGCUACUCGGCCACUGCACCCCUUGGUGAAGCCGACUUGAACGACUGACCUCUUCAUUACUAGUGAAGCGCUCUACCACUGAGCUA